GUGUAUACAGAAUUGAACCAAUUUAGUUUGAGCAACAUCAACUUUCGGUUUCAAUACAGCAGAAAUGAGCAACGCAGGGUCUUCUUGGUUUUCCAGUGGAUUAGCGUUGAUUACUUCAAACACAUGGAGGCCCACAAAGGAAGAGGGUAGAGCUCUUCGACAACACAUCCAUGAAAUCUCUCAGUCUUCUGUCCUAGAUGAGGCAGGCAUUGAUGAUCCUCAAAUCCUUACUUUGACAAGAGAGGAUCUGAGUGAGCUUUUUCCUGGUAUUAGGAACUUUCAGCUCAGAAGGACAAUUAUGACACUCAUCACAGACACAGUGAAGGAUUCACCUCAACAUGGCCCAGAAACAUUGGCCGGUGCACUGAAGCAUUUAAUGCACAAAAACAAAAACAAUGAUGCUGCUGUACAGGAUGUUUUGAAGGAGUCCCUUCGAGCGUUUAGACAAAUCGAGGAUCAGCUCAAAGCAGCACAGGCAUCGUUGAAACCAUACAUUGAGGUCUUGAACAGUCUCACUGAGCCAUCUGCUAGAAAAGAGGACUGGGAUAAAGAGGGAACGUCAAGCAGGAGAACAUUUCCAAGAGCAUUCCCAACAGAUAUGAACUCUCCAACCAUGCAGACUCACUCUUUUGAGCCUUCAGUCAGAGUGCAUCCAUUUGUUUGUGGUCAAACCUUGGGAACGCACAUGCAAAUUCUUUCCCAGCUCAAGGGAGUUAAAGAGAGUGAUUUAUGGGACUGUCAGUUGAUACUGGCCUUCAGUCCUGUGGCAUCACGAGCUGGAACUGACACCGAAGAAGCAUUGAAGAAAAUUCCAGCUGAUAAACCAGCAGUACUGGUGACAAUGCACCAUACCUUCAACCCUACCUACAUGUGUCCCAGCUUAAAUAUAGCAUCUUCCCAAGUGAACAUUGUGGAACGUGUUAAUGUGCUCUUCCAUGACUCACAGCACGGUCUUCUUAGGUGUCCAGCAAAUGAAAAUGCAAUGGCCAAACUUCAAUCUGUCUUAAACCGGUACAUGUAAAUGCUCUUGCUUCAAAUGCUUUAACUGUUAAAUCGGUGAAAAUGACAAUUCUAUGUAUUUAUGUUGUAUGGACAUGAGAGUAGACAUAAACAACAAGCCUGCUGUGUUGAUUCCAAAAAUUUAAUAUUCUCAGACAAUUUUAUCACAAUUUUUUAGUAAGAAAGCCAAUAGCAGGAACAUUAGAAAAACGCCAUUUCCAUCAAUGCUCUGAUAUCAAACCAUAAUGCUUUCAAGUUCUUACCUUCAUGUAGGCACGUUUAAAUUCAUGUACAUCUCACACAUCAGAGAAGUGAUACCUCAUCCCAUCAUUAUUAAUAUCCUAGCUUUUUAAAAUGCAUUAUGACAAAGUAGUUGUGGUGGUUUUAACAGGCUAAAACAAGCAAGCUUGUAGCCAACCUACACACUGAUAACAAAUAUGUGACUGUAGCAUCAAAACCUGCCCUGACUUCCGAUCUUUUCAUUCAGGGACUUCCCUUUUUCAUACUUUGACCAAUAUUGUGCGUAAUAUUCACAAAUCACAAACCAAA